AUUAGAGAAGAACCCGUCCAGAAGGCCUAUACUAUUUUUUUCUUUUUUAAUGUCUAGGAUCUUAGAAAUUCCCACAUCAGAGUGUGAUUUGAACGCACCAUUAGUUCGCCUGCGAUCACGUGACUUGCAGAAACCGGAAGUAGGUUUCCGCGCUCCGCUUUUUCGAAGUUUUCCCGUCCGGUUCGGCACAUGGUUCRGAUGAAUGUCUCUUUAAAGCCGAGGGGACAAGAGGAGGGACAUCUUCAGCUGAACAUUAAUCGGUCAAAUGGACGCUGAUCCCAGCGACGUCACGCCGACCUCGUCCAACAGGAAGUCCUCGGCCAUCACAGGAAGUGCGAGAAAGAUCAAAGACAACGCAGCCGACUGGCACAACCUGAUGCUGAGGUGGGACAAGCUGAACGGGGAGGGGUUCAGCUCGGCGACAAACAUCGUCAACAUGAGGCGUCAGACCCUCAGCUCUCAGGGAGGUGGUCUGGGUGAGUCCACCUCAGUUCCAUCGGACCAGCUUCAGGCGGUCGAGGCGUCUCUGCAGGAAGAAUGCUCCAGACUCCAGGAAGUGGUCCAGAAAAUGGCUGCUGUGCUGAAGAAGAUGGAGCGUCUGGUGGAGACGCAGAGAGGCAUUCAGGAACUGGAGCAGUUUCAGUUUGGACCUGGAGGGAGGACGGUUCCUCUGUUUCACAGCUGGACCACCAAAGACUUCGAGCAGACCUGCAGCCUCCUGUUGGUGGACUUCAGGCAGGAGCUGAAGCUGAAGCAGAUGAUCCUGGAGGAACUGGCUCACACCACCAACCCAGACCUGAACCUGGUCUACCUGUCCUGCUGGCUCCACCAGCCGUUUUUCCAGACCCAGACCAGACUGAGCCUGGAGGCCCUGCUGCUGGAGACGGGACAUCGUCCUCUGUGAGGACGUUCACUUUCUCAGAGUCUCCUUCCAUCCUGACUCAGAUUAUCCAGCUGCUGRUCAUCGUUACCAAACUCAGAUAUAACUCGUAUUGUUGCUGCCUCUUUAGGAAACAACGGCUCAAUGAAAGCUGAGCUGAAUAAACCACCAGAGUUCAGUUUGACACGUGGUUUUAUUGGACAAACAUGAAACCUACUGGAUGAACUCUGCACCCAAACUAUCAAAACCACAGAUUAAUAAAUUCCUCUGAUUGUUCUCAGAUUACACACACACACGUUUCAAAAACAUAAAAAAAUAAGAAUAAAAAUAGUGCAACUUUUUAAAACUUAGUUCUUUGUACGUAUCUACAUAUAAACAUUCAGCAAACCAGUUUGAAACGAAGGUGUGGAAACACAGAGGAGAAUAAUAAAUAUAAAAUAACACGGUGACAUCAUCAUCUUCAUCAUGGACAUCAAUUAAAUGUAGGACUCGUUCUGACUCGAUGUGUAAAAAUGAGUCCAUUAAGAAAUGAUCCAGUAAACCCGGUAACUAAAAUUUCAAAUAAUCUACAUUUAAAGAAUUUUUUUAAAUCUUUAUAAUGGACUGUUUUUCUCUGCUGUAGCACUGAGGAAAUCCCUUCAUUUAAUGCAAAUAACUGACAUCGUUUCAGUCUAUGGUAAGAAAUUCAACAAACUACCAAUUAUUAAUAAUUUAGUAGGAGAAUUUCAAAUAAUAUAAAAUGUUUUUAUUCUGUUCCAUUUUUCCAUCAUGGGUCAUAUUUUAAUUUAUUCUCGUAAUAAGAGCAUUUUAUUGUGUUUUCUUGGGUGAAACAAUUAUAACAAGACGGAAACCUUCAUCUCUCGUCAGUUUGCUGCUGUUGAAACUUUUCUGCCAUUUUCGCAAAAAAACAAAAAACUAUUUAGCGAACGUGAUUUUACUGCAAACUUUUUUAAAUACUGGCUUAAUAUUUGUUUCCGGUUCAAAAUUAACGCCAACAUUCGGAGUGUUUUUGUUCUUUACUCCGGUAUUUUUCCAGUAGUUAACGAGCGAAAGUGAUCGCAGAGAAACAAACUGUAAAACCAAACAAGAGGAAAAUCUCUGAACUUUUAGGUGAAACUCUGAGAACCCGAAAGAAAAGAACGAGUAAAACAGCAAACYAACACCGGAGAUGUUCUGCGUUUUAUCCAGCUAAAGUUCCAUCAUCAUCCUCGGCUACAAUAAGAGUAAAAAAAGAUAAACGUUAAUUUGACCUUUUCCCCUCAACGGUUUGAUUUUAAUCUUGGGUUGUAAAAACAAACGUUGGCUUAGAGAUUUAAAACUUUAAAGAGUUAUGUUUUAGUUUUACAGUAAUUCCUAUGAGUUUAUUAGUUUAAAAUGAAAUAGUUUCCCCGGUGACACUAAAUAAAAGCGUGGCCAUGAGAGAAAACUCGUGACCACACUUUCUUUUUUUAAGCAGUGUCACCAGACGAGCCGUUUGUGGACAUAAAGGAAAACAAAUGUUGAAAAUGACAAUCUGUAAACUGAUGAUGAAACUCUGCUCCGAGUGUUUUUAAACGCAGCUGUUUGUGCUUCCUGGCCACACCGGGGGUAUUUAGUGGCGGUGGUAACAGUUGUUUGAACUGCGUUUCAGAAACAAUGACGCAGCUUUUUAUCACUUUAAAGCCAUAAAAAUAAAAUUGUUGAAAUUA